UAUACUUAAGAAAAGAAUGUUGGUAUGGUUUACUGUACGAUAUAUUCUCUCAAUAAUUAUCGUUUUCAGUUAAAUGAUUUGUAGUUGCUUAAAGUGUUUCACUGAUAAGAAGAUUACGUUCAUGUUGAUGGGAUCGUUGUGUACUCCCAAUAUUUAGCCCGGGCAAUCCGAAAUUAUUGUUUAUGACAUAACCUACUUAUUUUAAGAGUAAAUAUAUAAUAAAAUUGUGAUAGUGUCAGAAUAUAACAGUUUUAAAGGUAUCGCAUGGAAUGAUGUACAAAGAGAUGAAGUGUUGGCAUUCCAGUAUUUUUAUAUCACCCAUAGCAGAUUGAGAAUUCCUACUUUCAUCACUCAUAGGUAGGGGAACAUACCUAGUGAACAGGUAUGCAGAACACUGAGGGUAUGGGCUCUCAUGAACAUAUUACAUGCCCUGAUAAUUUAGUAUCAAAUUCUGAGUGCCUGUCUUCUCAAGAGACAGUUACUUUCAAAUUGGAAUCUGGUAAUAGAUCAGCAACUGAAAUUGAGGAAACAAACUAUAAGAAUGAGGAACUUGAAGAUAUUUCAGCAAAAGAAAGAAAACAAGAUUGUUGUCAUCCAAACAGUGUGGAUACCAGACUAGAAGUGGCACAUUGUUUGGCAUUAGAAUCUUUGAAAACUGUUCUUUCAAAACGUUCUAGAGAGACAUUGAGUUCUGUGGAAAAUCAUGUUUCUGAUGCAUGUUCAGAUGUUAAUGAGGCUGGUAAAAAUGCUGGUAAUCAAGAUUUCCUCCCAAAUGUGACAAAGCUAGAAGACGUCCCACAAGAAGAAGAUUCAUUUGCUGAAGGCUCUUUGUGUGAGAUACCAGGUGGUGUUGAAAGUCAGGAGGAGAUACUGGAAGCAAAUGACCGUUCAGAUGGAAGUGAUUCAGGUCUGGGUUCUGACGUAGCAGAAGAAAGGAGUGUUCCAGCAGAUUCACUGUCAUCUGGCUCAGCAGAUGAAUGUGGUAGUACGGCAGCAACUGGUCAGGCUGAUAGUGAAGAGGGAGCUGUGAGCAGUAGCAGCGAUAGUGAAGCUCAUUUCCUUGAAGGAAUUCAAGACAGUCUAGCUGAAUCCAGCAAGGAUCCAGCAGGAUCUGUAAAUACACUCGGAAUAUCUACAGACGUACUUGAGACAAAUUCAGAUGUUGUUGGGACUCUGAGUGAUAAUCACAAAAUUACAUCGGAUCACACGUUGAGCAACUUUGAACAUUCAGAAUUUGCAACAGUCAGGCUGAAAAAAAAAUCAUCUCUGCACAGAGAACCAUCAGAAAGCUUCUUUGAACUGUCAGGCAUCACCUCUUCUGGACCACCUGAUGUACAUCAAGCAACCAUGGGUUUGAACUACUCUUUGUCACAGUCACAGUCUUCUGCACAGGAAGAUGCAGAUUUAGGAUCAAUCCUAGACAGUACAUCCGGGUCUCAGAAGGCUUCAGGGCAGAGCAACCUGAAGCGCCAUCUCCCAUAUGAUGAACAAGAUGGUCCUCAGUCCAAGAGAAAGAAAGCCAUCAUGUUUGAUAAGGUGACAGUGUACUACUUCCCACGUGCCCAGGGCUUCACAUGUGUUCCAUCACAGGGCGGCUCCACGUUGGGUAUGGCGUCACAGCAUGCCCAUGUUCAGCAGUUCUCAAUAUUGGAACAUGCUGUUGAGCAGCGACGUCUUCAUCGUCAAGUAUUGCUUCAGUUACGCAGUGAACGGCUGAAUGCCCAAGGUGCUCCCAUCUCAUCCAGUGAUGACUCUGAGAGUGAAGAGGAGCAGAGUGAUGCUUCUGAAUCAGAACUUGACCUUGACAGCUAUUAUUUCCUACAGCCAGUUCCAACUCGUCAGAGAAGGGCUCUCUUACGUGCUGCUGGUGUUAGAAAAAUAGACUCUGUUGAGAAAGAUGAAUGCAGGGAUAUACGAUCAUCGCGUGAGUUCUGUGGCUGUGGGUGCAAAGGCUACUGUGAUCCUGAUACCUGUUCGUGCUCACAGGCUGGCAUCAAAUGCCAAGUGGAUCGUCUCAAUUUCCCUUGUGGAUGUUCUCGUGAUGGCUGUGCUAACUCCAGUGGUCGCAUUGAAUUCAAUCCUGUUCGAGUCCGCACACAUUUUAUCCACACACUAAUGAGGCUGGAAUUGGAAAAGAAACAGAAACUGGAAGAAGGAGAGGAGGAAGGUGGGGGAGAUAUGUCAACCAAACAGGAACAGAAUUCAAAUAGAAAUCUUCAUUGGGCUGAGGAGGACAGAUUGUCUGGCCCAUCAUCAUCAUCGUCAUCGUCGUCAUCAUCAUCAUCAUCGUCGUCAUCAUCAUCGUCUUACCAGGAGCAAGGGAAAGGUGCCAUAGACAACUUGGCAGGGGCUCCAAAGUUCAAUGGCAGUCUUCUACGAGAUGUAAGUCUUGGUUCGGGCAUUGAAGUUGAAUCCUGUGUCCAUGCUGGCAGCUUUACGAAUCUCCACUACGGUGGUUCUGGAGAAGGGCCUGAAGGAACUGUAAGUGGUUCAGAUGUAUCAGGCGGAAACACAACUGGAUUCUCAGGGAUGGUAGAUCUGCCCGCUCGUGAAGAUUCGUUGGAUCUGUACACUUUCAGAGAUGAAUGCUACUCAGAGGAAAACAGCAAUGAGUUGUCAGCUGAUCAGCUGGAAGGCAACAGCAGUGUGGAUCGUAACCACUUCUCUGGACACCAUUCUAGUACCUCUGUACUACAACAAGGGAGAAAGGGCCACUCAAAUGAACAUCAAGAAUUUAACAUGACUCCUGGUUUUCAUUUUAGUCAACCAACUAAUGUAGGAGGAAGGCCAUUUGCUAGUCCUCCAACAGCUGGACUUCUGCCUGGACCAUCAUUUCCUGAUACUAAUACCUCCAGCUACCAGCAACAGACUAGACCACCAGCAGCUGCUACCACCAGUAUAACAUAUGGUGAUGAGACCUGUUCUAAAUAUCAGUAUUCUUCUGGCUUCUCUGCUUUUUCCAAUCCCCAUCCUGCCCCAGCUGCAGAAAACUUUGGACAUUAUAGUGGAGUGUAUGGUCAUGAUUUCACAAGUAAGGUCACCGGUGAAGGGUUAGGGGGUGAUGGUUACAAGGACAACAUGCUGAGCAACCCUGGUCAGAAUGGAGAAUUCCAUCAGAGGCCACAGCCAUUACUGGGUACUGGGAGCAGUUCUUAUGAAGGUUUCUCUAUGCUAGGAGACCCAAGGGAGAGUUUUGACAACCAGGAUCCCAUUGGGAAGCAUGCUGGUGGCAGCAGUGUUGUACAUGGUCACUACACCAAUCUCCACACUGUAUGCCCCAUGAGUAACAAGCUGGAACCCUUUUCUGAACUUCUCCAGGGACGGUACUCAUACAUGGCUACUACGCGAACAUCUGCCCCCAGUGCUACAUUCGAUAAUUCUUCCUCUGCAAUGCAUGGGCUGUCUGCCACCUACAGUAGCAGUGGAGCUUCAACAGAGCAGUUGACAGUGAGUGAUAGUAUAAAUGUUGAAGGGGACAAAGGCCAGGCUGGUGAAAAUGAAAACAAUUCUAGUUCUGCCUCUGCAGGUGGCACAGAUGAUUGUGAUGAGAACUUUGGUGAAAUCAUUAAGAAAACCAUGGUAGAGACUGUUUCUGCAUAAUAUUUGUAUGUUCCAGCCAAGACCUUCAUAAUUAUAACGGAAAAAUUAGAACCCUGUAGUUAUUAUACAAGUUUUGUUUUAAUAAAUGUUGUGAAAAGUAA